AUUUUUUGUGCUGCGCAGAUUUUUCAUCUUGAUUAAAAGUUUCAUAAUGAGUUGGGCUCUCUUGGAGAAGUUGUUGGGUGAAGUAGCCACCCAUUCAACGCUGAUCGGGAAAUAUUGGUUCUCGUUCUUAUUCGUGUUCAGGGUGAUUGUAGUUCUAAGCGUCGGGGACAAGGUAUACAGCGACGAGCAGUCAAAGUUUGUGUGCAACACUUUGCAACCUGGAUGCGACAAUAUUUGUUUCAACCAAUUUAGUCCAAUAUCCCAUAUAAGGUUUUGGGCGAUGCAGAUUCUCCUCGUUUCCCUACCAAGUGUUAUAUUCAUAGUAUGGGCGAUGCAUUCGCUAAGUAUAACGAAGGAGAAACGAGAAAAGUUGCAAAAGUUGGCAACCCAAGUGGAUGUCGCCACAGAGCCCAUGGAAAGAGACCCGGAUGUAAACCCCACCCUACGUCACAGAUACUCAGAUGCACCGCCCAAUUAUAAUUCAACGGCGGCCAAGAAUGAAAACGAAAUCGUUUCAAAAUCGAAGAAAAGUCGUUCGAGUAACCGAAGAAGCGAAGCGAUAUAUAACAAUGAACUUCCGGGUUAUAACAAAGGGCUUCCAGUAGCUGAGGUCGUUCCCGUGCAAACUGUUAUCCCUAAAGUUGAUUUGAAGCAAAUAAAAGACCCGCCCAUAUUGGCCGCAUACGUUCUACAUAUUUACUUCCGAAUGGCGAUCGAAGCUUCAUUCAUUGCUUUGCAAUAUAUUCUGUUUCAAUUCUACGUCCCUGAGAUGUAUAGAUGCCAAGGCUACCCUUGUCCACAACGUGUUGAAUGUUUCAUAUCACGACCCAUGGAGAAAAACGUGUUCCUGAUAUUCAUGUACGUCAUAUCCGGAGUUUGCCUCGUGAUGGAUUUCAUGGAGGUCAAUUAUUUUGGAUUUAGGAAGUGUGUUCAUUUAAUCCGGGGCAAGAAGAGUGGAACCUAUCUCCGUGAGUUUGAGGCAAGAUGGCACACCGAUCCCGUUUUGGCUGGGAGGUUCAAUCCAACAAGGGGAGGGUAUGGGUUGAGGAGACAUAGAGAUCUUAGCAUCACCGAUGGAAGUGGGGACGAAUAUAGAUCGGUUGAAACAUCAGACGAUGGAAGUGGCUUCGAAUAAUCAAUGUGUUAAAGUUAUAUAUAUAGGACUGUGGGUAAUGAACACUUGAGCAAAUAAGAUUCAAAUAUCCUGAUCGAGUUUUAAUCAAUUAACAACGGUCUAUGAGAGUCGGGAGGAUACGGUUUUAUAAUUCUACAAACGUUCUUUGUAAUGGGACAAGAAAAUAAAAUGAAGUGUCUCAUAUUUCUCCACCCUGCUAUAUAAAUAUAUGUUAUUUAGUUUUAAAAAAAAAACAAGAUUACUUUGUUUUAUGUGGUAAUGCUUUAGUAAUCGCAGCCAUCAAAGCAAGGCCACUACAUGCUAUGGCCGGACAUGUUCUCUUCGUUCAUGUUAAAUCGGCCAAAUACACAAACUAAAUACGUUUGAUGCAACAGUUAAAUAUAACAGAUGGUUGCAGAAUUUACUUCUUCCACACACGUAAUAAACAUAAAUUUAGGAAGACCAAUAUACUCGACACAUUAAAGUAAACGUACAUUCUCCAAGCAACUCCCGAAACUGCCACGACAAACGCUACGCCUUAAUCGUCAUGUGAUCACAUCGCAUGUUUUACCAGACAUCUGAAUAAACUCAAAACACUGACAUUCUACUGCGUCAUCCUUCCACUGUGUUGGUUUAUGACCAGAAUAUGUGAAUACCAGACAUGACCGAGCUGUCAACGGAAGAUCUCGCAUCAUUUACCAUUAAAGCUAAGGUAACAUGAAGCUUCAACAUCGGAUAAAGCCCAUACAGUACUACCACCAUAGAA